AUGUCCCCUGCUGGCGAGACUGGCACAUCGUCUACUCCACCACGUGCCAAUGCACCAGCUCAUGGUGCUAGCAAAAUAGAAUCGACCCCAAAUAGCCGUGGAGCUUCCGUCGUCAGCGAGAACAUCAGCGUGCUCGGUGCCAAAGUCAAGAAAGUCCGUCCAUGGAUUCAACGGGAUAUCGAGCAGGUUAAGGAGUGCAAGGCAGAUGCCAUGCUGCAAGCCCUCCUGCAGCGCGCUUCUUCCACUCCUGAGACCAAACAGCCUGAGCUCCUGCAAAAGUGCCUAAAGGCGGUUCUUCCGGUUUGCAAUGGACAGGCUUCCACUGCGCUCGUAAAGUCUUCAGACGUCGAGACAGCCCUCAACGAAUACGUACGUCCAGGAGCAGAAAACAAGUUCUACGGCCCUUUCAUAAGAGCCACUAACAUUGCGCUUGGGUGUCUUGAAGAGAUCAAAGUUGACGGGAUGCGUGCUGCUGUCCCCGCCGUGGACAUGAUCUGUCAGCAGAACGAUAUGCCCAUGCACCAAAACCACCAGACUGCGAAAUCAAUUCGGAAGCCCGACCUCGUCAUUCUUCCUUUGAACAGCGCAUGUACUCCCUUCCAGGAUGAGAAGGGCAAACAGAAGGACGACGCGAUGGAUGACGAGAAGCGCAAGAAGCAGCGCAAAGCUCACAUGGACACGAAUGCAACGGCAAAGCCAAAAAAUCUCCCUUGGAAAGAUAUUCUAGCUUGCAUCGAGUUCAAGAGAAAGACGCCAGGGAGGGCGAAAGGAAUUAACCCACCGCCCCCUUCGUAUGCAGUAAUAGAUCAUGUCCCUACCAAGCCAGAAUAUCUACCGGUAGAUCAUCUUAAGGCUCAAGACCCAGCACCAGGUCCUUCGCAAACUCCAGCAGCACAACCUGCGUCCAACACUGCACUUCUAUCUUCCAGCCUUACUGCUGCCCAGCCUUCCAAGGGCGGGUCCAGCUCCAAGCGCAAGGCCACGGUCACUUUGGAAUCCGCCGCGAAAAAAUCCAAGAUGGACCCCGACGACACAGACGACGAUCUAGAUGUGACCGUCCAGACGGGUCUGUACGCCGCCGAAAUGUUUGCGUCCAAUCUUGGAGUCAAUUAUCUACUGAAUCUUAUCGUCAUCGACGAUGUAAUGUGGAUCUGGUAUUACGAUCGGCAAGGGAUCAUUCAAUGCUCAGGCAUCAACUUCAUUCAAGAUCUCCCGCGAUUCAUGGUGCUGUUGUAUGCUCUACAACGAUUCGAUCUUUAUGAUUGGGGCCGAAACAAGGACUUCCUCCUAGUGCAAGUCGAGGGCAAACAAUGCCACGAAUUCAAAAUCAAGGACGCAGAACUUGAAGAGGUGGAUCUACUGCUUCACACCAGCCACGACGAAAGAGUGACGCAUUAUGGCCUACAAGGCCGGGCCACCAAUGUGGUCCCUGUCACUAGCGAAGCGCUCGCGAAGAAAUAUGGCAACUUCCAGGAUGGGAUGGUGGCCAAGAUCUUUUGGGGAGAGGCGAGUCGCACUAGCGAGCCGGAAAUCUUGGACAAGGUCGAGGAGAUCGCUAAGGUGCACCCAACCGUUCAAGGGCAUAUUCCUAAGCUGCUCUGGCACCACACGUUCACGAAUCCCACGUCCGCCAUCCGAGAAGCGCUCGGGGUUCCAGAACCCACCAAGGGCAGUCGCGUGCUCUACAUCCUCAUAUUCCCCAAGCUCCACUCAAUCACAGAGCUUGACGGCAGAGUGCUUUUCGACGUAUGGCGUCAGUGUAUCUUAUGCCACCUUACUUUGUGGAAGGAAGGUGUCUACCAUCGAGACGUCAGCCCAGGAAACCUGAUGUGGUACUGGAAAGACGGCAAGCGGAUAGGUGUGCUAAACGACUACGAUUUAUCCUCGUUGGCAAAUGUCCAGGGUCCUCAGGGCAACGAGCGCACCGGCACGGUGCCGUUCAUGGCGCUCGAUCUUCUCACCGAAGAGGGUCAACGAGGCGAAGUCAAACACCUAUAUCGUCAUGAUCUGGAGUCGUUUAUGUGGUGCUUUGCUUGGAUUUCCUUGCGUUACAAGGAAGGAGUCCUUCUACAGCGGGGAUUGCGUCCCUUCGAUGAAUGGGCGAAUUUAGACGCCGUGGCAUGUGGCGAGAAGAAAUUUGUUUUCCAGGCUCACAGAAAAGUUCCCGCACGCUUGCACAAAGAUCCACUUAUGUGGGAGUUCGUUGUAGACUGUUUCGACGUGCUUGACACGUACGCCUUCAAUCGACGAAAACAACUACUGCGAUUGGCAAGAAGGGCAGACCAGCCGACCAACUCCGAGGAAUCAGAAUCAAAUAUUGAUGAUUUUCUACAGUCAUUCAAAAAUACCGAGGGCUGGGCUGCACUCAGCAAACCUCCACGGGAACCUUCAUAA